AUGGCACCUAGACUUCCUCCGCCACCUCAACCCAACGAACCAGAUACGUCCAACAGCGCUAGGUUGUUGGAGACGGUGAUCGACAGACUUCAACAGCAGAAUACCACCCUUAUGGAACAGAAUGCUACACUGAUGCAACAAAAUCAGGCAGCUAUGCAGAGUCUGGAAGCCUCUCGAUCCAACUCUGAGGCGACGCAGCGGCAGUUAAUGGAGAUAUUGGCUGCAACCAGGGGCGCGGCAGGAGCGUCCUCUUCUAACGAUGCCCCGCCUACUGCUGAGUGGAGUUUAGAGAGUUUUCUCCAACACCGUCCGGCCAAGUUUAAUGGGAAGGGCCUUCCGGAUGAAGCGGAUCAAUGGCUACGGGAUUUGGAAAGGAUUUAUGAUGCCAAAAGGUGCCUAGACGACAACCGUUUGGCAUUUACAGAGUACUUGUUAACGGGAGAAGCCAGCCAUUGGUGGUCAAGUAUGAAGAUGUUGUUGGCCGAAGCCCAAAGUCCAAUUUCCUGGGAGGUUUUCAAGACUAAGUUUUAUGAAGAGUAUUUCCCGGACAGUGUGCGGUUUGCUAAGGAGGUGGAGUUUCUUCAAUUGGUACAAGGUGGUAUGUCCGUCUCGGAGUACACCAAUAAAUUCAAGCACCUGAUCCGUUUUAAUACCAUGGCUAUGAGUGGAGAAUGGCAAUGCAGGAAGUUUGAGAACGGUCUGAGAAGUGACUUGAAAGUGUUAAUAUCCAGCCUGUGCAUUAGGUCGUUCCCUGCUAUGGUGGAGAGGGCAAAGGUACUGGAGAAGAACGUUGCUGAGGCUGAGCAACAAAAGAAGCAGCAAGUGAGUAGGGGGUCGGUCUUAACAAGAAACACUGCGAACGUGAGAAGACCCCCGUACGUACGUCCAACUCAAUCAUCUGGCGGAUCUCAAGCCUUGGUCACUGUCGGCCAAUCUGGACAGCCAAGGAGCUUGACAUGUUAUCAGUGUGGGGGACCACACUACCGUUGGGCUUGUCCUCAGCUGACUGGAGGAAAACAUUGCAACAAGUGUGGGAGGAACGAACACUCAGAUCAUGAGUGCAAUAUGGGAGGUCGAGCGGCAAUGAGGCCGCCGAACGCUGGAAGAACACAACAAGGGAGAGACGGACAUGCGCAAGCAGUAGGAAGGGUUUAUGCAAUCACGGGUGCUGAAGCCGCUCGUUCAGGUACACUCAUCACCAGUACUUGCGUGUUAUAUGGAAAGCCUUGCUGUGUAUUGUAUGACUCGGGGGCAACUCAAUCCUUCAUCUCGAAGGAGUGCGUUGAGAAACUGGGCUAG